AUGCCUAAGCCCGCUACGGAAUCUGACGAUGAGACCGUUGCAGUAGCAGCGGCGGAAUCGGUUGAGCCAAAAACGGGGGCAGACGCGCAGCAGGCCAGUAAUAUGGGAAAAGCGAAAGUAGUGAAAAUAGCCGAGCAAAAUGCCGAAGACGGGCAGGAGCCGGGAAGUAACGGGACGAUCAGUGAGCUGCAGAAGAAAAUAAUCGAACAAGUUGAAUAUUACUUUGGCGACAUUAAUUUACCGCGCGAUCGUUUUCUGCAGGAAGAACUUAAAAAGGACAGUGGAUGGAUCUCAUUGGAAACGAUGUUGAAGUUCAAUCGUUUGUCGCGGAUCUCCUCUGAGAUCGAUGUGAUUGCCGAAGCGCUGAAGCAUUCGAAGCUUAUGGAAGUGUUCGAAGAUGGCAGUAAAAUACGACGCAACCCCGAGAAGCCAUUACCGGAUAAUUCGCUCGAGUACUGGCAAAUUGUGAAGCUACGCACAGUGUACAUUAAAGGGUUCGAGCAGGAUACGAAGCUGGAUGAGAUUAUGAAUUUUGUAAAGCAGUACGGCAAAGUGGAAAACGUUAUGAUGCGCCGUUUGAAAACGGGCACACGUGCAUUCAAGGGUUCGGUGUUCGUCACGUUCAGAGAUCAGUCAGCCGCUGAAGCCUUCGUCAAAAACGAGAAUGCCCAGUUCAAUGGGAACACUCUGCUGAAAAUGAUGCAGUAA